UUCGGCUUUUAACCGUGCGCCCACGAUAGGGGCGUUUGCUGUUGAGGCUGAAGCUCUCUCUCUCUCUCUCUCUCAAUGGAAAUAAACAAAGCAACAAAUCUCAGCAACAAAGCGCCCUCGGUAACCUCCCUGUUGCCCCCAAAAUCUCUAAAAUUAUCGGCUCUAUCCGGUCUUCGGAACGUCUAAUCCAACGUCGAAUUCCAAUUACGGAACAACAGAUUCAGCUUCCGAUCGAUUCAUUUUGAUUGAACAGGUAUUGUAUUCGUUAUCUAUCGUGUAAUCGGGCGUGCCAUCGCCAUUUUGAUGCCGGAUUUGCGAUCGGUAGAGCGCUUUCCCGAUCGGAUUGCGAUCUGUUUUGGACGGUGAAGCCGGUGGAGUUGAAGGAGCGAUGGAAGGACUGAGGCAAGGAUCUUCAAGAGCCUAAAGAUGCCCGGUCUACCGCAGAGGAAUGCUCAAUUCAGCAAUGCUUCGUUUACGUUAGAUUCUUCGACAUGCUUAGCCGGAUCGGUAUCGGCAGACGGAAUCUGGUCGAAGCAUGGCGGCGACGUCACCUUCGAUCAGCUGCAGAAGUUCUGGAAUGAGCUGACGCCACAAGCCCGCCAGGAGCUCCUGAGGAUUGAUAAGCAGAUACUUUUUGAGCAAGCUCGCAAGAACCUUUACUGCUCUAGAUGCAAUGGGUUGCUGCUGGACGGUUUUGCGCAGAUUGUCAUGUAUGGGAAAUCUUUGCAGCAGGAAGGUACAGCUGGGCAACAACCCAGUAACAGAGGAGCCUCGACAAAACAAAACGAUAGUGGGGGCAAUAUAAUGCCUUCGAGCUGUCAAGAUGGUAUUCAAGACCCAUCUGUUUACCCUUGGGGGGGUCUGGUUGCGACAAGGGAUGGGCUGUUGACACUUUUAGACUGUUUUCUGGGAGCCAAAUCGCUCAAGGCAAUCCAAAAAGUCUUUGACAGUGCACGUGCAAGAGAGCGGGAGCGUGAAUUGCUCUAUCCUGAUGCCUGUGGUGGUGAAGGUCGAGGAUGGAUAAGCCAAGGAGCGGCCACUUAUGGUAGAGGACAUGGAACACGGGAAACAUGUGCUCUUCAUACUGCCAGACUUUCUUGUGACGCACUGAUGGAUUUCUGGUCUGCCUUAGGGGAUGAAACUCGGCAGUCUCUUCUACGUAUGAAGGAAGUGGAUUUUAUAGAGAGGCUCAUGUACAGGUUUGACAGCAAGAGGUUUUGCAGAGAUUGCAGAAGGAAUGUUAUUCGCGAGUUCAAGGAGCUGAAGGAGCUGAAGCGCAUGCGAAAGGAACCUCGCUGCACCAGUUCAUUUUGUGUGGCUGAUACAGCCUUCCAAUAUGAGGUAUCUGAUGACACUGUUCAAGCUGAUUGGUGCCAGUCUUUCGUAGACACUGUUGGAACAUACCAUCACUUUGAAUGGGCUCUUGGAACUGGAGAAGGAAAAUCUGACGUUUUAGAGUUUGAAGAUGUUGGCAUGAAUGGGCAUGUUCAAGUGAAGGGCCUGGACCUUGGUGGUUUGGGUGCAUGUUUUAUUACAUUGAGGGCUUGGAAACUCGAUGGACGUUGCACUGAACUUUCUGUAAAAGCCCAUGCACUGAAGGGUCAACUAUGUGUACAUCGCAGGCUUAUAGUUGGGGAUGGAUUUGUGACAAUAACAAAAGGAGAAAGUAUCAGAAGAUUUUUUGAGCAUGCUGAAGAAGCUGAAGAAGAAGAGGAUGAUGAUUCCAUGGAUAAGGACGGAAAUGAGCUGGAUGGAGAAAGCUCCCGUCCUCAAAAGCAUGCGAAGAGUCCAGAACUUGCUCGAGAAUUUCUUCUAGAUGCUGCUACUGUUAUAUUUAAAGAACAGGUAGAAAAGGCUUUUAGAGAAGGAACAGCUCGUCAAAAUGCCCAUAGCAUAUUUGUUUGUCUUGCCCUAAAAUUGAUGGAAGAGCGUGUUCAUGUUGCGUGCAAAGAACUUGUCACCUUAGAAAAACAGAUCAAGCUUCUGGAAGAAGAAGAGAAAGAAAAGCGUGAAGACGAAGAGCGCAAGGAGAGAAGGAGAACAAAAGAAAGAGAAAAAAAGUUGAGAAGAAAAGAGAGACUAAAAGGGAAAGAAAAGGAUAGAGAAAACAAGUGUGUUGAAUCAAAACAAACUCCCUUGAGGCCUGAUAUUUGUACAGAAGAACAAUCGCCAGGUGGUGAUGAGGAGUCGAUUAAUACUAUCGAUUCAGGCGAUUCCAUAGGUGACACCGGAGAUAGUUCAAUUGCUGAGUCUCCUCAAGAUAUCCAAUAUGAACAGCUCUCAAAUGGGUCUGUGGCUUUGACAAUGCAGAAGGAUGGCGCAUGGCACAUGUGUCACACUUCGGAUGGGGAAGUCUGUGUAAAGGAUAGUAAUGGUUUAUUUACAAUUGAGCAAUCAAAAUCAUCUCGGCGGAAGCUGAGAUUCAGGAAAGAAUUUCAGUCAGAUCCGGCUUCCAAAUGGUGCGAUAAACGCCGAACUGCAGUUACCAGUGUCAAUGUGCCUUUUCUUGAUGAAUCUGACCCUAGACUACAUUUUUCAUCUGCGGGAAAUCCUUGCAGGUGCAGCAAUGUGAGUAGACAAACAAGAAAAAAUCCUGUAAAGUCCGACACCAGAAACUGUGUCCUUAAGACUGGUGAAAAGUAUCACUGCUCCAACAACAGGAUGCGUGAUAGAUAUGACUUCCAUUCCUGUGGCUGUAACCAAAAUAAUGGCUACAGAUCAAGGGAUGAACCACAUGUUUCUGUCACCAGACCAUGCCGGGAAGUCAAAACUGUGAACAAGUCAGAUUCUGCAUCGGAUGUAUCUAGGCCUUUCUAUCGCAAUAACAAGUACAAUAAUGGGUGUUAUAUACCAGAUAAUUGUGGAAUUCUGAAAAGCAAGGUCAUCUCAGGCAAUGCCACUUCAAGUAGAGAUUUUCUACAUACGAAGAAAGUCUGGGAACCUAUGGAAUCACGGAAAAAGUACCCUCGCAGCAAUUCAGAUUCUGACGUCUCCCUGGGGUCUACUUACAAGGUUGAUGAAGAUGAGGAAAGUAGAUGUAAUGGAGUUGGGACUUUGCCGCCACAAUCUGAUAAUCCUCUGGAGUCACCCAGUGAGCUGUUUUCAUCUGCACAAUCUAUGAAUUCUGGAAAAUCUGGUGGUUUGAAUUAUUACCGAAGUCAAAAGGAUGACACUGGGAAUGAAUCACAAAAGGCCAGCCAGGAAGUAGAGAAGGGCUGCCAGAAUGGAUUUGGUUUAGGAGACAAAUCUCUUUAUUACUCAAAGGAUGCUGCUUCCAGCUCAGAUAACUGCUCUUCGUGUCUUAGUGAGGGAGACAGCAGUUCAGCUUCUUCAAGCUCUCAAAAUGUGGAAUCUUUGUCGACGUCAGAUUCAGAAGAUGCUUGCCAACAGUCAGAGGGAAGAGAUUCUUCAACGUGUGGUCAGAAUGGUUUUCUUAAAUGCCAGGAUGUGGUAGUAGACAGCAAGCAGAAUGCUAAUGGAAGGGAAUCUCUUUCAAGCAUGACAAAUCCAGGAUUUCCAGUGUCUACCUGCACAGUAGGAGGUAGUUUUCCAGAGGAUCCACCAGUAAAACAUGCUUAUAAUCCUAAUAGUGGUAUAGUCAGCACUGACAUGGCUUCGCUUCCACCAAUCCAUAGCCCGAGCCUACAUUUCCCCAUGUUCCCAGCACCUUCAACAAUGGGCUACUACCAUCAACAUCCAGCUUCUUGGCCAUCAGCUCCUGCAAAUGGGUUUCUUCCAUUUUCCCAACCUAACCGCUACCUCUUCACGAGUCCUUUUGGGUAUGGCCUAUCAGCAAACCGACCCUCACACUUCUGUAUGCAGUACAGUGCUCUACAACCUUUAACAACGCCUGUACUUAAUGUUGGUCAACUUCCAGUGUACCAACCUGUGAGCAGAGGCAAUGGUUUGACCUCAAAGGAGCACAAAGGAGUAACCAAGUUAGCUGAUACAGUGGUAAGUGAAAAGCCUCUUGAGAGGGCGGCUCCAAUUGCCGGGCUCUGCAAGAAAUUCCAUCAUGUGGGGAAGAUAAACGCUGUGGGCAUGCUACUAAAUUGCUUAAUGACAGCACAAACUUCUCGUUGUUCCAUUUUGGUGGGCCAAUAGCUGUGGCAACAGGACAUAAUUCUAAUCCUGUGUCCUUGAAAGAGGGAACUUUAGGGGAUUUUCCUCCGAAUUCACCCGCAGAUCCUGCUCAAUUUGAUAGUUGCACCAAAAAAGAGACAAAUGUUGAAGAAUA